GCAGGUGCCGACCACCGAACAUCGCAGUGCACCGUCCUUCUCCACUGAGAACGGACGGCCUCUCGCAUUAAGGACCCAGCGGCGCUGAUAACAUACAGCUGUGCCUUGUCGUACCGUCUCGUGAAGGGAGCAACAGUGUUCGUUAAACAGUGAAUUUAACCGUCUCGUGUAAGUAAAUCAAUGGAAGGUACCAACAGCGCGUUGCGACGACCUGUGUGGUUACUCCUGGUGUUUCUGUCCCCGGCGCUACGUGCCGAUGUCGCCGGCAGCACCGCAGCUACCUCUCCGUCCAGCGUGGCGACUCCAGCCGCCGCUGCUACCGUCGCUUCGCUGCUACUCCCCAGACACGCCCGGCAGUUCCCGCACUCGUCCGUCAACCAGAUUCCCUCCGGCGAUGACACCCUGUCAGCGGCGCCGUCCACUCCCCGCAAGGCUAUCAACAAGGGAUGCACCGGAGCGCAGCGCUUCACUCUGACGUGCCUCAAGUUGGACGUGGCAGCUCUGGUGGAGCGCAUGUCCUCCGCCAAGGAGUACCAGCUGAUGCCCGGCGUGUCCGUGGUGCGCACUAACGGAUCCGACGGGGACGGCGCGGCAGCUGAGGGCACGACCUCCACCCCAGACCUGGUGGCAUCCGUCGCCAGGGACUUCCCGCACGACUCGGAGGCUCGCGUCGACGCCUACCUGGCGCGCCGCGUCGCCCGCUACCUGCAGACGCACGCCAUCAGCGUCAAGCUGCUGGACGCCGACAGCCUGGAGGCGGCUCGCCAGCUCAGCCACGAGGUGUUCGGCCUGCCCGCCGCCGAGGGUUCUCAGGAGACAGGGCGCAAGGGAGGUGGCGGCCUGGGCGGCAAGAAGGGCGGCGGCGGCCAGCUGCUGCUGAUGAUGAUGAUGAUGAAGGCGAUGAUGGGCGCGGGCGCGGGCGGCCUGCUCUUCCUGCUGGCGGGCAAGGCGCUCAUCACGGCGCUGCUGGCGCUCAUGCUGGCCGCCAUCGUCGGGCUGAAGAGCCUGGCCGGCGGCGGCGGCGGCAAGUCCGUCACGUACGAGAUCGUCAGCAAGCCCGUCUACUCGCACGAGCACACGCACUCCUCCGAGGUGCAGCACGGCCACGGCUACGGCCACUCCUCCUACGGGCGCAGCUUCAGCGUCGACCCCGUCGAGGCGAUCAACAAGUCAGCGACGGAGUACGACUCCACUGGCGAUUCUUCCUACGUACCAGGCGGGAUCCCUUACUACAGUAGCAACUCAGACGCGCAGCCAAUGGCGUACAGGGCCUACAGCAGCAUCGUGGACAACACCCGUGGGGCAUAACGACAGCGAGCACGCAACAACGACACCACUAACACGUAACGACUGGAGACAGCGACCACUGGCCCAGCACCGACGACUGCUCGACCACUGUUAUACGACUGGUAGACGACUGCUAGACGACCGGUAGACGACUGCUAGGCAACUAGUAGACGACUGGUGGACGACUACGACCUAGAUCUCUAGGGCUAAUACCCUCGUGGCUUUCAGCGACGCUCAGAACCGACGUAUAGAAAGACGCAUUACAAUUAAGUGGCCUGUUGUAGACGUACUCAGUGAUUGACAGUACAGUGACUAUACAAGCCGAUACACCGAUUCGCGAAAGACGGUUAUGACUACUCUGACUGUAAAUGAAUGACCUUACUGUGACAAUUUACACGCAUACCGCUAAGACAGAUAAAUAAUGAGAGCGGACCAGUUACAUAAUGAGACGACAAGAACACAAUGACGAAUGACUUAUUUACCUACUAUCGUUUGCGACAACAUGCACUGGAGACAGAAAAUAUCGGUAGAGAGGGAAAACGACCACAUAACGAUAACAAUUCUAAGCAACCAUCAACAAGACGACGACGGAGAUAUAUUACAAAACUGACACUUAUACGGACACGUGCUGUAUUAUUUGUAUUUAUUUAUUUAUUUAUGAUGUAUAGACUUUUAAUUUAUUUGUUCUUAUAUCUGUUCGCAUUAUAUGUUCUUUCAUAAUUAUUAAAGCAUACC